AAGAAAGAAAGAAAGGGAGAAGAGGGCUGACGGGAAGGGGGAAGGGGGAAGGGGCCGCAUUACUGCCGCUGCCCAAUCCGCGCCGCCAUUGUUGCCUGUCCACGGAGCCAUGAGUCAUGCCUCUGUCACUGAGAGGAGGAAGGAGAAGACGCGAUGCUGGAGGAGUCGCACCCAGUCCCUGUCGUGUCGUGUCGCAUAGGAGGGUCAUCGGGGGAGAGCGGUGCUGAAGAGAAAGAGAGGCCAAAUGUGGGGCUUGGUCGUCAUCCUCGUCGCUGACUAGCUCGCCGCCGCCGCUGUUAUGUCGCGCCGUCAUCAUCCUCUCCACGGAGCCAAGUCAUCGUGGUCCAUGGUGGGCCGAAGAGAGAAGCUCAAACAGGUGAGAGAGUGACACGUCGAGAGGAAAAAUGCUAUGAAGGAAACGUGUCCACCGUCGUCAAGCCGCAACGCCGUCGCUGUCAUUAGUUGGGUCACUGUCGGUGUCGAUGAUGGAGCCUCGCCGAAGCCUGUGUAGUCGUCAUCCUGUGUCUGUUGUUCUGGUCCGCUGAGAAAGGGAAGAUGCCGUCCUUGUGCUUUAUGCAUCGCCGACGAGCACGGAGAGGAGGGACUCUGUCUGCGUCAAUGCCUUUUGAGGGGUUGUGCUUGGCCGCCGUUGUGUUGCCCUGCUUCACGGUGGCUGAGCUUUGCCACCCGCUGCUCUUUGGGCUUAUGGUGAUGCGGGAACCACUGCAGGAAGAGGAGCAGGCUGAGUUACCGUGAUUCAGGCUGCCAAGGAUGGUUUUGUGACUUCCGGGACUACCGCCAAAGCUUCGGGCCGAGCCUCUACCGCCGGAGAACGCCACUGCCGUCACUGAAAAACACUGCCGAUAAGGGUUUUUAAGUUGGUUUUCAUUUGUUUAAGAUUCCGAAAACUUUAUCGUCUCUGUAUGUGGGUUUCAGUCACUAUCGCCGGAUUUCGGUCGCCACUGCUGCUUGAGGUGGCUGUCGGGCUACCGCUGAACCGAUUCGGAGACCACCGCUGUUUCAGUUCAGCCGUUCUUUCUUCAUUUCGAGUCAUUGUGGUUGUUGAGAAAGCAAGUGGAGCUGAGGUUUUGGUUGUAGUUGAUUCAGGUCAAGACGAAAGGAGUCAGUUAACGAGUUUGGGUUGUGGUUUCAACAUGUCGAGGGGUGUCAAAAAUUCCCAAGAGACGGGGAUCCCCGCGGGGACCGCCCCGAAUGGGGGCAUCGAUGAUGGAGAAUUUUUUCCAUGGGGAUGGGGAUGGGGAGCAAAAUUCUCCCGAGAUAGGCGCGGGACCCGAGCGGGGAUCCCCGCCCCCAUCCCCGAAAUUCCUCAAAUUUUUGAAGUUACUUAAAUACCCUUACUUUAUUAUUAAUACAGGGGGUAUUUUAGUAAUUUUACCCAUUAAAAAACCCUAAGUCCCCUAACCCUAUUAUCAGUCUCUCAUAUUCUCAUUCUUCCCUUCUCACUUUGCGCCGUCUACUACAGUACUACUAUUCCAUUCAACCAUUCUUCCAUUCUCACCUUGCUGCGCCAUCUACUCUACUAUACUAUAUUCACCGUCAUCGGUCGCCACUCCUGCCACCGGCCACUCUUGCGCCACUCGCCACCACGUCGUUCUCUCUCUUCAGGCGCGGUGUCUUUUUUCUCUCCAUUCCUGCAUUUGCGUGUUUGCUUCCGCCUCUUUGCUGCUCGCCGCGUUGCAUCCCACUGCUCCACCAUCUCUUUGAUGCUCGCAUUUAUUGGAGAGCAUAGCUGCUGACGCUGAAAUAGCCACCGGUUGUCCCUCUUCUAAUCCUCUUCCUUCUUCCCAUCAACUUGACUUCAGGUUAGAUUUUGUCUCCUUCUAUGUAUCUGAAGCAAUUAGACAUAUAGGGUUUAUAAUUAUGAAAUAUUUAGGGUUUGAUUUUGUUAAUUAUAAUUUCUGUGAUUCUGAGUUGUUGGAUUUGGUUAGGGUUUUGUAAAUUUCUGGUUUUCUGCCUGUAGUUAUUUUGGUUGUUUUGAGUUGAU